AUGCUUGGGCUGUUCAAAAAUAUAGUCAAGAAGAGCCGGUCGACAGGCCCCGAAACGGGCCCCGUGGACCCAAACAACACGGACUCAGGCCCUCCUCCCGCGAUCCCUCCGGAGUUCGCCCAAUUUUACUCAGAACUGUCGCCCAGAUACACUUUGCUAGAAAAGAUCGGCGAGGGAGCAUUUUCCGUGGUGGUAAAGGCGCUCGACACCGAAACACAGGAGUUUGUAGCCAUCAAGAUCAUCGACAAAACAAACAUGAAACCCGAACAAAUCAACUCUGUGCUCAAAGAGAUCAGCAUCAUGUCCAAAUUGGACCACAAGAACAUCACCAAGCUGUACAACUACCAAAACUCAUACAACUCCAGAUAUUGCUUUCUGUUCCUGGAAUACGUGAGCGGAGGAGAGAUUUUCAACCAGAUUAUCAAAUACACUUAUUUCAGCGAGGACUUGUCGAGGCACGUGAUUAGACAGGUCGCCAGCGCUGUCAAGUAUCUGCAUUCGCAGGGAAUUGUGCAUCGCGACAUCAAGCCCGAAAACUUGCUAUUUGUCCCGACUGAGAUGUUUCCUCGCUCCAAACAGGAGCAGAACAAGGCCAGACGGCGUUCGGACGAUAACAACAAACUGGACGAGGGCAAAUUCAUCCCGGAAUACGGCUCUGCCGGUAUCGGAGUCGUCAAACUCGCAGACUUUGGGCUUUCUACCGUCCUGUACAACGAAAACAUGCAGGCCAAGACACCUUGCGGAACCGUUGGAUACACUUCUCCCGAACAGCAUAUGAACCUUGGAUACACGAAAAAAGUGGAUAUGUGGGCCAUUGGUUGUGUUUUGUACACUCUGGUAGUUGGCUUCCCGCCUUUCUACUCUGCUACGCAGGAUUCGAAGGAUAUCAGCACCAAAGUGUCAAGAGGUGACUACAAGUUUUUGAGUCCGUGGUUCGACGAGGUCUCGGAUGACUGUAAACGGUUAAUUGCCAAUCUUCUGAUUGUGGAUCCUGACGCAAGGUACUCGAUUGACCAGUUGCUCAGAGAUCCGUGGAUGGUGAGCGGAUACGAGGACAAAGUUGCUACCAACCCUAGCACCGAAACUGUUCCGCAAACAACGUUCGACGAGGCGCUGUAUAAGAAGCUGAACCGCACGGCAGAUAAUCUGGCCGACGGUCUUUUGGCUCCGCGCGCAGAAGCCAUCCGACUCGUCUUCGACACCGCCAACGGUGUGCAAAGAGACGCUACGCCGCAACUGGCUGCUCCAAAAACAGGAAAUCUCGGUGUUCUCGAGGAGGACGAGCCUAUUGAGAUCCUCGAGUUCCGCAAACGACCAGACUCGGACUCCUCACAAGUCAGUGACGAGUUCGACGAGGACUCGGAAUUCGAGGAAACAGACCUGACGCCCAAGCCGUACGCCAAGUUUUCGAAAUCUCCGUCCUACAGAGAACGCAGAACAACACCGCUUAAGGACGAUCCUUUGUCGGGACUCGAAGCUGAGCGUUCCGGAGGAACCUCGACAGACACAACCAGCAUGACCGCGAACGAGGAGUCGUCGAUUCUCACGUCUGAAAUAGAAGACUUCUACACGGGAACCAAGCGCAAGUCGUCGGUGUGUUUCCAGAUCAAGUCAUGCAAAAUAGGCAGCUGCGGAUCGACGUCUUCUUCGAUCGCCAACGCAGGAGACUCGCGGUCCUCGUCCAUCACGAAAAGCGUUUCGGAAACGCAUAAAAUUUAUCCACGUACUCCGCAGACAACGCAGUUUGUCGAGCUCAGUGAUCAAAGCGACGAACUCAAGGAAGGGCUGGAAAACAUUACAAUGGACGACACCACUCCCGUGGAUAAACGGCCUAUGCCGACAAAGAAAUACACCGUGCAAAACGAGCCGUCGCCGGCGUUCGACGCGACGCUGAGCAACACGUUUGACCUGAAACUAACACACUCCAAAAUCCUCGAGCGCCGCAAAAUCAAUGGGUCUUCGAAAACAGGACCAGAGCUAUAG